UUCUUGUUUUCUGAGUACCAUGGACGAAAUAGAGGAAGAAGCCAAAGCGGCAGCAGAGAAAAUGGUUAUGAACAUGAUGCAACGACCAGGACAAUUAGAGAAAGUCGAACAGUAUAAAAAAAGGAUCACUCACAAGAAAGCUUCAAUUGAAGCUCAGUUGAAGUCUGCAGUCCAAGGAAAGUUGGAUGGUGUGAGUGUGGGGCUCAAACAAUUGCAAGAAUGCCUUGAUGAUGUUCAAGAAAUCAGCUUAAAAAUGGAUGAAUUAGAGGAAUUGUUAAAAGGGGUACCACCAUUAGUAGCAUCCCUUCAAGCUGUGCGUGAGGAAGAUUCUCGUCAUUCACAAUAUGUCACGGCUAUGGACAGCUUGAAACAUAUUUUCACAGUACCUGAGAGUGUUGCCAAGACAAAACAGUGGAUUGGAGAAGGGAAAUUACUUCAUGCACACCAGUGUCUGAAUGAUUUGGAAAAUUCAAGAGAUGAUUUACUGUAUGAGUUACAUAGAUUGCCCAAUCAAUCAUCACACGAUAAAAUCAUGUUAAAAGCAUACUUUGAGGAUGUGGAAAUGGUUUCAAAUUUACUUGAAAAGCAAAUUAAACUAAUAUUGGCCAGAACAUUAAAUACUGUUCGUAAAGAACCAACUGUAAUUGUGACAGCUUUAAGAAUAAUAGAAAGAGAAGAGAAAAGGGACCAAAUGUCAUUGCAGCAACAAAGUCAAUCCGGGUUUAUGCCUCCCGGCCGACCCAAGGGUUGGCGUACAAAAGCAUUUGAUGUAUUAGAAUGCGCUGUUGCACAACGUGUCGAGGGGACACGUGUGGAUGAACGCGAGGAUAACAAACUUUGGUUGGUCCGCUAUUUGGAACUGACCAGGCAACUUAUCCUCGAGGAUCUGAGAGUGGUGAAGACUCUUUGUGUCCCAUGCUUCCCACCACAUUAUGAUAUUGUUAAUAAAUAUGUUAAUAUGUACCAUACAUGUUUAUCUUCUAGUUUACAAGAUAUUGUGCACAGUGGCAUAGAGGGCAAUGAAUAUGUAACUUUGCUCUCUUGGAUUCUAAAUACAUACCCUGGCCACGAGUUGAUGGGAAGCUCAGAACUAAAUAUCGAUGUAUCGGUACUGCCGCCAUUACUAAUCGAUGAGACAAUGCAGAAAAUGCAGGAUGAAUAUUUGCAGAAAAUACAGUCGAACUACAUGGAGUGGAUGGAGAAGACACUGGAGUCUGAACGUGCGGAGUGGAGCGGCCAGCGCGCGCCCGACGUAGAGCCUCUCACCAAUGCUUACCACACGCAUGCGCCCGUCAUCAUCUUCCAAAUGAUCGACCAGAACUUGCAGGUCACAGAAACCAUCAGCAAGGAGGUGACUUUCAAGGCAUUGGUUUUAAGUAUUGAACAGGUGACACGAUUUGGAAAUAUGUAUAGAGAAGGUGUUAUACAAUUCAAGAACGCGCACUUCGCGGACCGUUCGCGCGUGGCGUACUUCACGCACCACAUGAUCACGAUCGUGAACAACAGCGAGCAGAUGGUGCAGCUCGCGCACCACACGCAUUCGCGGCACUGGCCGCCCGGCAAGCACGACCCACCCGCGGAAGCCAAGUUUGACAGCAUGCUGAACACAUUCCAGAAACUAAGGGAUGAAGCUGCACAGUUCUUACUGCAUGAAGCAUUCCUCGAUUUAGAAGUCCACUUUGACGAUGUAUUUACGCAAAAAUGGCUACAGUCUAGUAUUCCUGUUGAUACUAUAUGUAUUACAUUAGACGAUUACUUCCAAGACUACAAUCAUCUAAGGGAGAAGAAUUUUGAAUACGUCAUUAAUGAGGCACAGAAUUUAGUUUACAAAAAGUAUAUAACAGCUAUGUUAUCAAAGAAAAUUGUUUUUAAAGUCGUCGAAGAGGCUCAGCAGGCCGCCACAAAAGUUGUGAAAGAAGCGAACCAGAUCAGGGCUUUUUUUAAAAAGAUUGCUCCGGAAGCGGUGAAUGUCAAUUGGCCGUUUGACGUAAUGAGCAUGUUGGCCGAGGUACUGCAAUGCCAGGAUGUGGAUAUGCUGUCGCUGGACUUGCUGGACGUGGUGAAACAGUGCCCGGACAUGGUGGAGGAGCACCUGGUGCGGGUGCUGACGCUGCGGGGGGACGUGCCGCGCGCUCGCCACGCCGACAUUAUCGCCAUCGCACUAGAGGCACGUGGGCCCGCAUCCGCUUCAGCGCCCGCACCCGCGCACCCGCGCCUCUUCGCCGACAUCACGUUCACCGACCGCCUGCUCGAACGGUUCGCGCUGUAAACUGGUGCUACACCACA